AGCUGCAGUGUCGCUGUAGAGCAAAGGGGAUUGAUAGCUAGCUAGCCGCGCGAUGCCUCCCCUCCCCUAACCUUUCCGUCUUCCUCCUCUCCUCUCCCUCUCCCUCUCCCCACGGUCCCAACAAGCUCUCCUCCCUCCGCCUGCUUUCCCCUCCCCUCCUCCAAAUCCCGUGCAAAAGCUGGGAUCUUUUCAAUUAGCCCAAGGAGGGUACUAGUGCUACAUGAGAUCAUGAGCUCCGAGGACUCGCUCAAGUCGCUGUCGCUCGACUACCUCAACCUGCUCAUCAACGGCCAGGCGUUCAGCGACGUGGCCUUCAGCGUGGAGGGCCGCCUCGUGCACGCGCACCGCUGCGUGCUCGCCGCGCGGAGCCUCUUCUUCAGGAAGCUCUUCUGCGGCCUCGACCCGAGCCACCAGCCUCCGCCGCCGCCUCUCAACUGGCCAAACGCGGGAGGCGGCAGCGGUGGCGGUGGCGGUGGCGGCUCACGUGGGGGCAGCGGGGGUGCCCCUGCCACGCCCGAGCUGGUCAUCCCCGUCAGCUCGAUCCGGUACGAGGUGCUGGUGCUGGUGUUGCAGUUCCUCUACAGCGGCCAGGCGUCGGUGGCGGCGCCCAAGAGCGGGCCGCUACCCGGCUGCGGCGCCAGGGGAUGCUGGCACACCCGCUGCGGCGCCGCCGUCGACCUAGCCCUCGACACCCUCGCCGCCGCCCGCUCCUUUGGCGUUGAGCAGCUCGCCUUGCUGGUCCAGAAGCAAUUGGAGAGCAUGGUGAAGGAGGCGUCCGUGGAUGACGUGAUGAAGGUACUCAUGGCGUCGCGCAAGUUCGAGAUGCAGGAGCUCUGGGCCACCUGCUCCCACCUCGUCGCACGCUCGGGCCUCUCCGCCGACCUCCUCGCCAAGCACCUCCCCAUCGACGUCGUCGCCAAGAUCGAGGAGAUUCGCGCCAAGUCGCCACUUGCCGGAGGCGGCGCCUCCCAGCCGCGCUCGCCGUUCCUCACCCACCACUAUUUGCCCAUCAACAACGGGCCGUCUUCCGCCGCCGACCGCGACCACAAGAUCCGGCGCAUGCGUCGUGCCCUCGACGCGGCCGACAUCGAGCUCGUCAAGCUCAUGGUCAUGGGCGAAGGCCUGGACCUCGAUGACGCGCUCGCGGUGCACUACGCCGUGCAGCACUGCAACCGCGACGUCGUCAAGGCACUCCUGGAGCUCGGAGCCGCCGACGUCAACUCCCGCGCCGGCCCGACGGGGAAGACCCCGCUGCACCUGGCUGCUGAGAUGGUGUCCCCGGAUAUGGUGUCCGUGCUCCUCGACCACCACGCCGACCCCAACGCCAGGACGCUCGACGGCGUCACGCCGCUGGACGUGCUCCGGGGCCUCACCUCGGAGUUCCUCUUCAAGGGCGCCGUGCCAGGGCUCACCCACAUCGAGCCCAACAAGCUGAGGCUGUGCCUCGAACUCGUGCAGUCAGCGGUCAUGGUAACCACGCGUGACGACGGCGGGGGAGGCGAUGGCGGCGGCGCUGGGGGAAGCGACGGCGGAAAUUUCGGCCGGGGCGACGCGGACGACAGCCUGGUGAGCCUGACCAUGAAUUCCACGCUCAUGUACCAGGGCCAGGAGAUGGCGGCGCCGCCGGUGGCCGGCGAGGCGAGGAACAAAGGGAACAACAACGGCCGCGCGAGCCCCUCCAACUUGUACUUCCCCAAUGGCUUCCCAUGAUGGUCGUCAACAACUCCGGCCGGCCGCCUCAGUGUUCUAGCUGCUUGUCGCUCCUAUCACACAUGCAUAUCUCCGUCCUCCUCCUCUGGCUCUCGAUCGAUCGAUCUAUGGUGAUGAUUAAUUCUGUUGCAUCAUCGUUGGACAUGGAUCGAUCCAUACGAUGGUGCAACUGUAUCGCUAGGGAUUGAAAGGGUCGACAUAUGAUCGAGUGUGCAAUGCAUGCAUGGCCAAGAACUUGAUGGUAUUUGAUGUGGAUUCUUCUUCGAUCUUUUCGCAUGAUUGGCAAGUCCAGCAACUGUUGCUAAUUUGUUCAAACCAGUGGUCAAGGUUUCUCAUAAAGUAGUCAAUGUUCAUCUUAA